AUGUGCAUGUAUGAAAUAGAAAUACAAGGAGUUGAUGUAAAGGCAAGUGUAGUAGACCGUGGUGUUCUUGUAGAUGCCCAUAUUGCAGAGUUAAGGUCUGCCCUCGAAAAGCCUUUUGUUACUCCUCUUGUCACAUUUGAUAUUAAGUGCAUUCCAAAUUACAAUGGUGCAGCUUUGCUGAUCCUUUGUGUUGGGACUCGAUGCCUGAUAGUUCAGUUGCACUGCAUAGAUUCAUUUACUGAAUCUAUCAAGAAGUUUCUGAGUGAUGAGAAUGUGUGUUUUGUGGGUAUGGGAGUUAAGAAUAAAGUAAAGAAGAUACUGCUAUGGCCGCAGAUGGAGGGUUGUAAGACUGGUGUAGAACUGGGUCAUUUGGCUGCUAGGGUUCUUAAGAAGCCCAAUAUUGAUGGGUGUAGUGCUGGUUUAGUUGAGUUAGCAAGUGAAGUUGGACUGCACAUUCAUGAGGACCCAAAAAGUGCAAGUUUCUCAGACUGGAGUGCUAGGGUUUUCUCUCAUGAACAGACAAUCUCUUGA